AUGGACAUUGAGGCCGACAGUAAAUCCUACGAGGCCGAUGGCGAUGACAGGCUGGGCCUGCAAGGCGACACAGAGGGAGAAUGCGACGGCGACUCCAAAGCAGACACUCCAGAUGUUCCUCUCUCCACAGCGGACACCUACAACACUCCACAGUACCUGAACAAAGCUCUGGCGGGCCUGCCGCCCAGAUGGAAGAACUACUGGAUACGAGGGGUUCUGUCUUUGGCCAUGAUUUCGGGCUUCUUCAUCAUCAUCUACAUGGGACCCGUCACUCUAAUAUUAGUGGUCAUGACCGUCCAAAUCAAAUGCUUCCAAGAAAUCAUCACCAUCGGCUACAGAGUUUACCAUUCCUACGAGCUGCCCUGGUUCAGGACGCUCAGCUGGUACUUCCUGAUUUGCGUCAACUACUUCUUCUACGGGGAAACUGUAGCGGAUUACUUUGGGGCUCUGGUGCAGAGGGAGGAACCUCUGCAGUUCCUGGCUCGCUAUCACCGCUUCAUCUCCUUUGCCUUGUACCUCGCAGGUUUCUGCAUGUUUGUGCUGAGUUUAGUGAAGAAACAUUACCGCCUGCAGUUUUAUAUGUUUGCUUGGACCCAUGUGACCCUGUUGAUUGUGGUGACUCAGUCGCACCUCGUCAUUCAAAACCUGUUUGAAGGGAUGAUCUGGUUCAUUGUGCCGAUCUCCAUCGUCAUCUGCAACGACAUCAUGGCCUACCUGUUUGGCUUCUUCUUCGGGAGGACUCCGCUGAUCAAGCUCUCACCCAAGAAGACGUGGGAGGGCUUCAUUGGAGGUUUCUUCGCCACGGUGGUCUUUGGCUUCAUCCUGGCCUACCUCCUGUCUCAGUUCCAGUACUUUGUGUGUCCCGUGGGCUUAAACAGUGAGACCAACGGGUUCACAGUUGAAUGCGAGCCGUCGGAUAUGUUCGUGAUGCAGGAGUACACGCUUCCUGCUGUGGUGCAGAACAUAGUGACAUGGAAAACGGUGACGAUGUGCCCCUUCCAGAUCCACAGCAUCUUCCUCUCGUCCUUCGGGUCUCUCAUCGGGCCUUUCGGCGGCUUCUUUGCCAGCGGCUUCAAGCGAGCCUUCAAAAUCAAAGACUUUGCCGACACCAUCCCCGGCCACGGCGGCAUCAUGGAUCGCUUCGACUGUCAGUACCUGAUGGCCACCUUCACGCAUGUCUACAUAGCCAGCUUCAUCAGAGGACCGAACCCCAGCAAGGUGCUGCAGCAGCUGUUGAUGCUUCAGCCUGAACAGCAGCUCGGCAUUUUCCACACUCUGCACUCCCACCUGAGAGCGAGGGGCAUGCUCCCCCCCGCUGCUGCCCCGGCUGAAUGAAAAAGGCCGCCUGGCUUCACGGGGCUGGCGUGUGCGUGUGUGUGCGUGUGCGUGUGCGUGCGUGUGUGUGUGUGUGUGUGUAAGCAUGUACACACACACACGCACUCUCUUAAAGUAUGGCGUGUGAUCUCAGAAGCGUCGGCUCCAACCAGUUCAUGACGACUUUGGACCUGAGGUGAGUCUCCAGACUACGUGGAAUAACUUCGUAGUAACCAAAAAAAAAAAAAGAAACACAAUACCGACAACAACAUCAAAACAUGGCGGCUUCGCUGCUUUCCACUUGGACCGGCACUGAUAACGAAUAAACUACAACGGGCCGUCCCCAUCCUAAGAGAACAGACUGAAGAUGAAAUCUGUUAUCGGACUCUGAAGGACACGGCUUCUCUCGGGCGCAGGUGGAUGCUGGAUGUUUCCUUUUUGUGGACGGCAAAAACAUUGCACUGACUUUAGCUGAACAGACGGUUUUUAAAGCAGCUUUUACCAGCAUUGGGCACGUGGACCUGAGCUACCGCUAACAAGACUGUUGAGAUUUGUCUCUCUGGGGCGAAGCAAUGAUGCAGCAGGGUUGUCAGAAUACUGUAGACUACUGUUUUAUAUACUAUGCUCUAUUUAAUGGUCCUAACCUCACUGCAUACAAAAAACAAAACAUGUAGCAUGUACGCAAAUCCUGUGUCGGGCUUCUGCUGAACAAAGCCAUGUUUCUUCUCUUCUUCCACAGCGUGAGACGUUUAGCUUUUAGGUUUCUGUCUGAAUCUAAAAUAACUCGCACAAGUAAAGUCAAUACAGGUUGACUGUAGGCAUGUUAACGCAGAAACUAGAGCAUCAGCACUCGAGUUCAUGUACUGUACAUAAAUAUACUGAAGAUAUUUAGCUGAACGAAUACCUAACGCAUAAUAUAAGUACUUGUGUGACCUGCUGGGGGGGGGGGAAAAAAACACUUUAAAGCUAUGAGAAAUGAUAUGCAAAAAUAGAGAUGUAACUCAUGUGUAGUUUGCCUUUUAGCAUGAACACUUUAGCUUGGUAUGAGGCAGGGAUGUAGACCUGAGGUCGCUGCUGAUUUAGAGGGUGUGCUGGGUGAACUCAAAGGAAUACUUUGACAUUUGGAAAAUCUGAUUAUUCAUGCCGAGAAUCGGUUCAGAGGAUCGAUACCGACCGGUGCCGGGAGGACGAGCGUAACGAUUUAGAGUCUCAAACGCCUACAAAACACUAGUUGACGGUUCUAUAUCGUAGCUAACAUAAAUAAUCACUAUUUUAGUUUAUUAGCUUUAUCUUAAUUAGUUUAUGUGGGGUCAAGCUUUAUCUGACUUGCACUUUUUGUGUGAAAGCUAAAAUUGCGUAAAAUAACAUUUGUUUUAAGUCACAGUUAAAGAUUAAAGUUGUUAAUAUUCUCUGAGAUUAAAGUAGUAAAUUUACAAACAAAUGUACGAUAUUAUUAAAUAAUAAGAUAUUAUUUAGUUCAUAAAGUCAUUUAUUCUCUGAUUAUGAAGUCGUAAAUCGAGGAAAACAUUUUAUUAAAGUAAUAUUCUUUUCAGUUUUUCUCCGAAUAUAACACCUCGUCCCAAACUCAUUCAUGUAUUUAUGGUUGUAGCUACGAUAACGCUAACACGCCGUCGUGGAAAGCAGUUGUUCUUCUAGAGAAGUCCUCCACCAAAGAAAAUCUUUGUUUCUUGUUUCUUAAUGUGAGUUAAUGAGUUUCUCCACUGAAAUCAUUGUGCAGAAGCACCACUUUAAAUCUUGUGUUCUCCAGAGAAGUGUUCAAACGUUUCUUGGUUAAAAUUAAUUUAGCAUAAAAAACGACUUGUCGACUAAAAGGGUGCAGCGCUAGUUUUUACAUUUGUUUGUAUACGGAUGAAACAAACGAGAUGUGUUAAAGCGCUUUAGAGGCGUAACUUUGAUAUAAGGGAAGUAAAGCCCCCCCCCCCCCCCGCUUCCACUCUUCAUGCUAAGCUAUGCUAACGGACGGCUAGCUCUGGAACCCGUACACAACGUACAAACGUGAGCGUGAUUUUGAUCUUCUCAAACUCUCGGACAAAGAAACACAUUUCCCAAAAUGGUGAACUAUUCCUUUGAAACUAAAUAAAAGACUGUGCUUCCUUUAAUCAAUUAAACCAAUGAUUUAAUUUGCACUGUAGCAGUUAGGUGGAGGGGGGGGGGGGGGUGCAUCAAACCACUCCGAAGGUUCCCACAGCCUCGGACUCGAUGUUUGUGAAACUGUUUCAAAAAAGAGAAAUCUUGCUAUUUUAAAGUCUUCUUAUGCGUUAAAUCACUGUUAAAUUAUUCUGGUUUGAAUGUAGUUUGCUAUAUGAGAUGUUAUCAACGAUAACGUGAGACCGGAGUACGUUUUUAUGAUGGAUCACGUGACCGCCGCUCGUGUGACGAAGAAGAUGCAUUAUGAGCGUGUUACGAGGUCGUUUACCAAAGCUCUGUCUGAUCAACACCGACUUCCUUCUGUUAUUGGAAAAGAAAAACGGCUCCAGGGCCCAGAUUCAAAACGCCGUGUCCUUCAGACACCCCCUCUGUUUCUGAAAGAUGAAACAGAGGGGGGGGGGGGGUGGUAGAUCUGGACGAAGACGAUGUCAUAAUUUAUUUAUCUGUUCUGUUCAUGUUUUCCUCGUAGACGUAUAUUUUUAGGGUGGAUUUCUGGGACCAGCUGUAUUGUACUGUAUGACUCUAGGACACACACACACACACACACACACACACACACACUACGUAGACACCAGGACAGAAUUCACAGUGAAGAAAUCUGACAAACUCGACACAAACGGCAGAUGAACAAAUGAUGCAUCUACAUAUAUAUUUAUAAGUUUUACAUGGAGUCUAAAGUGUGCCACUGGAAUAAUUCAACUCAGUUAAUGAAAUAAUUAAAACACUAUGAAGAGCUUUAAAAAGUUUAGAUUUGAAACAUGGAAACUACUAAAAGUUAGAAAAUAAUAAUAAUUUUACUAUUUAACUUAUUUUGUUCUGCUUUUAUUCUUUAGUUUUCAUUUAAUGAACACUUGCAUUUUGAUUUAAGUGAAAUGAUUUUUCUUAACACGAGAGUUUUGAUGUAUAAAUGACUCAAUUCAUUUUUAUUAAAAUAUUUGAUCAAUCAGCUAAUCGGUUACUUAAUCGACUUAUUGUUGCAGCUCUAGUUAGAUACACAUGCAAACAAAAGUACAAUUUGAAGUAGUUUGUAAAUGCGUCUAAAUGUAUUUUUUCUAAAGAUGGUAUUGAUAAAUUGUUCAUAAUACGUAUUAGUAUUCAUAAUUAUUAAGAUGAAGUGUAUUAUUUCAUUGGUGCGCUGGAGACUCCACAGAUUUCCAGUAAUAGUUCAAAUGAGAUCAAAGUUGUUUUGGACUAAUUUAUAUUUUUACUCAAACGUCAACGUAGGAAAUAAAACGGUAGUUUCAGAUGUUUGGUCAUUUUAAUUUAUCAUUCUGUGUUUUGAUUUGAGCAGAAAUGUUUUCUAAUGACGAUCGAUUAGCUUUUGGAGUGAAUAAGAACGAUACUGAGGAAUUAUUUUGUUAUUAAAGGAGCAAUACAAAGUCAUGUACAAACCACGUAUUGAUAUCUUGUUAGGGAGAUUGUAAAGCUGUUUACUGUACGGAGGUGAAUAAAGUUUCUUUUCUUUAAAA